ACCUUGACUAUGCCAGUAAAAUGGAGAUGAUGAAUAUUUUGUUUAUUUAUAUUUAUUUAUAGUACCUACCUAGUAGUUAUUACAUUUUAAUUAGACUAUACUCUACAGGCACAUAAACUAUAUAUUAUCAUGUCAGACAACCCCUCCCGGCAUGUCGCCUACGAGCAAGUGAAGCUGAUGCUGGACUUCAUGGGGCAGCAUGUGGACUUCGCCACGGGCCAGUUGCGUUCGCUGGAGGCCCGCCACGUCUCCAAGAGGCUGUGGAGCGAGCUCACACAAACCCUGAAUAGUUGCCGGGGCACGAGGAAGACCAUGGAUGGGUGGAGUCGGUAUUGGAGCGACUUUAAGAACAAGCUAAAGAACAAACUCCGUAUAAUAAACAAACGGAAGCGACUCGGCUCCACCGACAAGGGUAUCCGGCCGCUCACCAAGCUGGAGAAGAGAGCCGUCGUGAUACUGGGGCCCUGCUUCGAGAAGAAGGUCUCCCGGCUGGCGCAGCAGGACUAUCAGGAUGAGAGUGUAACACAAAAGCUACCCAAGGUGACAGCAGAGGUGAAAAUCGAGAGUAUAGAAGACCCCGCGGACCGACGCAGCGGCCGCAUCGAGAUAUCGCCGCUAGACGCGCACAUAGCCCUUUCGCCACGGCUACACGUUUCGCCAGACCGGGAAAGCGAAGAGGACGGCCCAUCUGACUACGACGAUUCCGAACAGAAUGGGGAGCCCCUCAUGAGUUCACUGUACCCAAAGUGGCUAAUCGAGAUCGAACAGAAACGCGCCGAGGCCGAGCUCUCCCGAGCGAAGGCCGAAGAGAGCCGAGCGCGCGUCGCGGCAUCCGCAGCGCAAGCGGCCACCAUACAGGCGGAGGCAUUAAGAACACUGGCAGAGGCGGCAUCAAAGCAGGCGGACGCCGUGGCCAGGAUAGCGGCUACUCUCGACACUAUCCACAAACAGCGGGCCAACAACACACUAGGGGGGCUCUGACUUAGUUUUACUACUCGUAUUAUGAUUCGGUAAAUAGUACAUUGUAGGAGAGGAUGGAAAACCGCUAAAAAAUUGGAAAAUAAAACGAGUCCAUCUUUAGCGUUUCCGGCCGAGGCAUUACAUAGUGCUUUUCACGACUACUGCGAGGAAAUAAGAAAACAUUUGGGCGCUUGCAUAACUAUAAGUACUUGCCCGCGAUUUCUCAGGUAGCAAAUUACUAGCCACUGCCUGUGCUGUCUCUUGAAUUUCGGUAGGCAUCAGUGUAAGAAUAUCAUUUUCUUCACUAGAAGAACUCAUUUUUAUAGCGAGCAUAGAUAUACGCGUUUCUUGUAUUUUUUAGUCAAACACAAUUUACACUAUCAAAUUCAGUAAGUAUUUUCAAAUCCCGCGUUUUUUACUUUUUUUAUCACUUUUAAGAGGCGUUUUUCUGUUAUUUGCUUCAAACCGACUCUAAACUUAGAAGCGUUUUUGCUAAAAAAACCACAAACAGCUACAAAAGUAAAAAACGCCUUAAGCGUGAACUGAAUGGAUAAUUGUUAAAAAAAAAUGAACUGAAUGGUUUUGACAUUUCUUUUUUUUU